UUAUGGUCGUCGAGAGGCAUUUAUGGGGACAACAACAAAAAAAAAUAAUCGGAAUCGCAGAGAGCAGAGGCAGCAAUUUUUUUGUGCUUGCUCAUUUAACAGCAAGCAAAUUGCUGUAUACAAAAAAAAAUAAAGGCAUGAAGACGCAGAUGGAUGUGAAUAUAUACAAAGAACAGAGACUUCAACAUGCAGAACAUUGGAUGGAGGUACAAAUGGAUGAAUGAAGGAACAAUCAAGCAU